AUUUUAUGGUCGUGAUCACGGCUUCAGAGAGAUAUUGGUAGUUCGCCCGCGACUCUCGCACCGCGAAUCGUGAUAACAGGUAGACUUGUUGAUCUGCCGGGCUGUUCCGUUCCUCUUUCACGCUGGUUGCCGGACUUCCUGUCCCGGAAUUGUGGGCUGCUGUGCGUCGAAGAAGAUGCUGUGAGUACGCAGCGUGACAAUGGCCACGACCGCGGCCACCGCGUUAUUCGCGUUAUGUUUCCAUCUGGUGGCGGCCGUUUCGGACCAGAAGACGUCUCUCGACCAAGGAAAUUCGUUAAGUAGUGUAAGUACCCAACCUCUACCAUAGUAUAUUACCCCAUAUGUCUGUUACGGUGCUGUGCCCGUAGACGCUUGACGUACGUUAAAUCCGGUCAACUUAUUCCAGGGUUCAAUAAAACUGCAAUCUUUAUCAAUUAAAAAUUCCAAGAAAAAACCCACCACCGCUGGUCUUUAUGUGCUUUAAAUGGGAUUUUUCGGGUUCAAAUACGUUAAAAAGUAAAAAAAAAAAAAAAAAUUAUAGAUUUUAUGUUGUAUUUAUUAAAAAUCUAAUAAGACACAAAUUCGUCUCAUAGUACGUUUUCAGUGCAUAUGUAUACGCAUUCCAUUAUUUUUUUGCGCAUAAAGUUCCAAGCCCUGUAUAUAAUAUAGGUACACAUAAAAAAACAACUUAAAAAACUAAAAUAAAAUGUAUUUUUUCUUAAACAAUUACGAUUCAUUGUUAAUUUUACCGGGUUUUAUUAAUGGACUAAUUGACUUAGUAUUUUCCACUUUAAACUGUCUGUUCUACUAUCCACUUUAGUGAAUCAAGUGCAUGUGCUCAGGGGUGGAGUGGCCUGCCAGGCAAAUAGAAAAAUACCCUAUGCCCUGGCUAAGAGCUGUGAUGUAGUUUAGGCAUUUUUACAGUGCUAAUCUAGUGAGAAAUGUAUUGGUUUUAUUAUGUGUGUUUUUUUACAAUCACAUUUAUUUUAUGUUUUUGUCUGUAAACUACAUUUCUACUAGAAAUAUUGCCCAGAUCAUAAACUAUAGGGAUGGUUUUGUAGUGGCAAAUGUUGUCUAGCUGGUGCAUUUGGGGAAGUCGUUUAAUCAUUUUAUUUUUUUGAAUUUUUUAAAACAUUAAUACUUAUUUAGUUAUAAAUUAUCUUUUGUCAAAAUUGAACUAAAUAAGUAUACCUAUAUUCUACUUUUAUGUUUAAAAUCGUCCAAUGCACGUUAUUUAAGUGUCUUACAGAAAAACAAUAAUAUCAUUGGUAUUGUGUAGUGUGCCUGUAGUAGGUGUAUUGGCUGAAAUGGUAUGGAAUGUUAUUUGAAGGUAUUUGAUGGAGAAAGUUUCUACGAAUGUAUGGUCUAAUAAUUUGUAUUUAUACUUCUCUAAACAAAAAUGUUAAGUUGGUACAUUAUUAGGUACAGCUAUCAAAAUGGUAUCAAGAAAUGGUGAAAAUCAAAAUGGCCUGGAAAUAAAUAUUUGUACUGGUAAGAAUUUUCAAUUUUUUACUCUGCCCCUGGAUGCGCUAAGAUUUUCUUUUCAGUGUGAACCAAAAGUAGUAAGGUAUCUAAGUUAUUAUUAUUAUCCUACUGCUGUUACUAUUUAUUGAUAAAAUUCAUAAAUACGUAUAAACAUUAUCAAUACACACGACACACGUUAAUGAGGAUGUAUGGUUAGGUGCAUCCCCUAGUUCAUGCUUGGGCUUAACAGUGUCAACUGUUAUACUAACAUAACAUACCUACCCUUAUAAUGAACUGGCUUUGAUUAAUUUUUACAACAUUCAAUGCGUAUAGAUUUGAGUCUAAUCAGUCAACCAUAGAGGAUAGGCUCAGUCAAACAUAAUAUUAUAUAUCUAUUUUAAAUGUCCUUGUUCUGUUUUGUGUAGAGUCUGCUAUGUAUAUUUAAUGGAUCAUUUGGUAAAAACUUUCUCUGAUAUUUACUUUCUUUUAUUUUUUUGUCAUUAUUUUUCAAUUGAAUAAUUAUAUAAAUUUGUAUUUAGAUUUAUGGUCAGAAUCAAGUGUAUAGUACCAGUACAGUGGAUAGUACUAAUGCAGUGGAUAAUACCGAUACAUCGACUGAUGUGUUUAAUCAAUUUCGUAAGUAUUUAUAUUCUUGCAUUUUUUUUAUUUUUUAAAUAAAUUAUCCUUUAUUAAAUUAUAUUACAAAAAUAAUUCAACGUGAAAAAUAAAAAUAUAUUGCACUAAACAAAACAGGUAUUUUAUAAGUAGUAAUCAAAUAGUGUUCAUUUAAAUCUUGUUUGACUAUUUAAAACCUGCUUGAAUACUGAUUACUAUUCAAUAUUAUCAUACUCUAUUAACCACAUAUUAUCUACAAUACCUAUACAUUAUGAUAUUAUAACAUAAACUCUUUUAAAAAAAAAAUGUCUUAAUAUUAAAUAUUAAGACAUUUUGGGGAUGGUUUAAGGGUUGUAAUAUAUAUUGAAUAUUUUCAAUCUAAAUUAAGGAAAAAAUUAUAGGGAUGUUAAAUAUUGUUGUACGCGUGUCGUAAUAUUCAUUAUUGAUUAUAAUAUAAUUAUUUGGUAUUUUAAUUAAAUGAUUAUUUGGUAUAUUGAUUGGUAAUUUAUUAAAUUAGUUGAUUAAGUGUAAUCCAAAUUAAUUGAUUAUUAUGAGAAAAAAAUAAUCGCGCACUCCUAGUUAUUUCCGGUUUAGUGUGUAAUCUACAAUAUACAAUUUUAUGUUUGAUUGGAUUGAGAUGUAUGUUAUAUAUAACUUAAAAAACGGGAAAAAAAACGAAAUUGCAAAUGUAGAGAACAACUUUCUAUACCUACCAGCUUCUUUCACCAACUUGAGUGGGGCUGUAUGCCUCUCUGUGUCCACCCCUUAGGGGCCACUUACCUACCCUAAAUUUCUAACCUGUUACUGUUGCAAUGAAGAUAAUAUAUUCUGAAUUUAUAUGAAUGAUAUAUGCGCAUAUGCAAAGUUAGUUUAUAUCAAACUUUUAAUUUAUAAUAAACUUUGUUUUGUUAUUCAAAACCAUGCAGGGUGGUAAACAAAACAAAAGUAAAAUAUAUUAUCAUAUUAUAUCAUAAUAUCGAACUUCGAAGCGCUAUAAUUUUGAAAAGAAGUCUGCUGCAAAAUACCUGAUUGUAUAAUCGCAAUCAGUGUCCAAAAAUACAGUAUAUACAGUUUUGAAGCUCCAUAUGAACCGUAAAAAUAUUGUGUCCGUUUAUAACCAAAAAACUCUAAAAUUUCAAAUAACAAUUUAUUUCUAAAAAAAAUUUUGGAAUAUGUCAAAAUUAUACUACAUCUAGAAAAUACUAAUACAAGUAUUCUAUAGUAUUCUAGUCUACUCUCAUUAUUCACUGAUUUAAUACACCAAAAAAUCAAUUUUAACAAAAACCUGUUGUAUAAAUAUUCCUAUAUUUUUUUUCUGUUUUCUUUAUUAAAAAAAUUGCAAAUUAACUACAAAAUAUGCAUUUCCCAAUACACUAGAUAGACAAAACUCGCUACUAAAAACUAAUCUUGAUGUUGAUGAUAGUAGCAAGUUUACUAAUCAGAAACUAGUUCAGAAGGAUAGAUAGAGAAAAUAAAAAACCAUAUAUUUCAUAGUAAAAUGUCUAAAUUUGUUACUUGGCUUUGAAUCUGUUAUAAUGGUAUUAGUUGUUAUUUAUUUUUCAAUCAAAUAAUAUUAUAUAAUUGACAUACCUAAUAGUAAAAAAAAAAAAAUAAUAAUAAUUUAUUAACUAUUAUGUGAUUUAAAAAUUAUAUAUUUGUAAUUUUUACAGAUUUGCAUGAAUCACCCGAAUGGCCUUUUCCACGAAAAAUUGAUAGCAGUAUCGGUCAAAUUUCUGGUGUUUCUAUAAGCAAAGACAAUCUUGUGUACAUAUUUCAUAGGGGUGAUCGAGAAUGGAACGACACUACAUUCCUUUAUAACAAUGUAUACAGAAAUCAAGCGAGAGGACCCAUAACUGAACCUGCAGUACUUGUGCUUGAUUCAAAAAAUGGUUCAGUAAUUAAUAGAUGGGGUAGUAACAGGUAUAACAAAAUCAAUAAAUUAUAUCCCCUCCUUGUAAUAAACAUGAAUAUUAAAAUUAUAAUUUUGUUAUAGAUUUUAUAUGCCCCAUGGCAUUACCGUUGAUCAUGAUAAUAAUGUUUGGCUUACUGAUGUUGCACUUCAUCAAGUUUUUAAGUUCAGCCCUAGUUCAGAAAAUAGUACUUAUAAUUUAAUAUUGACUUUGGGUACUUCAUUCGAACCUGGACAAGAUUUUGACAAGUUUUGUAAACCUACAUCAGUGGCUGUUGCUACUAGUGGUGAAUUCUAUGUAGCGGAUGGAUAUUGUAAUUCACGUAUUGUUAAAUUUUCUGCUGAUGGACGAGUACUGUUGGAAUGGGGUCGAUCUACUAAAGUCUCAGGUUGAUAAAUAAUGGUUACUUAUCGUAAAUAGAUGCGGCCUCUUUAAUUUAAAUAAUAAAUGAACAUGUCCUUUCAUAAGUAUAUUAUAAAAUUUAUUUUAUAGGACCAAAUAGUAGACAAUAGUAAACAACUAUAAAACUUAUCAUUAACAUUGACUUUAGACUUUUUUUCUAGACAUACAUAUUAGUCUUUUAAAAAGUGACAAUAAGAAAAAAUAUACAAUAAUAUUAUACAUUAUUUUAAGAUUUUUUCCAUGACUGAAAGUGUUUAUUAUUAAUAUUAAAAAUUUAAUUUGCAUAAUAUAUAAAUAUUUUACAAUAAAUAAUGUAUAAAAACAAGUUUUAUUGCAUUUUACUAACAAUUAAAAUGUAUUUUUAUUUGGUCUACAAACUAAAUAUGUCUAUCUAUGAUGUUUUAACUAAUAUAAUUUUCAUAUAAGUUUUUAUUUAAUUUUAGGUGACAUGACUGUGCCUCCUUACCAAUUAUGGAUUCCACAUGCAUUAACAUUAGCUGAAGAUAAAAAAAUAAUUUGUGUGGCUGACCGCGAGAAUGGCAGAGUAGUGUGUUUCAAUAUGAAUAAUGGAACAUUUGUAUUUGAAAUUAAUCCUCAAUUAUUUCAACGUAUAUUUAGUGUUGCAUAUACACCAGUAGCCGGUAUGCUUACAUUGUAUUUUAUUACUUUAUGCCAAUUUUAAAGUAAAAAUGAUUUGAUUUCUACAUAUAUUAAAGUAAAAGCAAAUAACUUGGCAUUUAACUGCAAUAGAAGAAAUAAUUAUAAUAAUUUUAUAAAUAUAUUUUAAUUUUAAAAAAUGAGCUUCUCGUGUACAUGUGUAUAUACAGGAUGAUUCAAAACGUAUGCUACAGUUAUUUUACUAUACAAAUAUUCAAAAUAGUUUUUUGAUUUAUAAACAUCGAAAAGAAUGUAUACAUUUUUUAUUUGUUUUAAGUCUUUUUGUGGUUAAUUUUGAAAUUCAAAUGGGAACUAAUACAUUUUUGCAAAUGUAAUGUGAAGAUAUUUUUUUAAAUACAUUGUAAUGUUUGAAUAACAUUAAUUUAUUCAAGAUUAUAAUUGAGAGUGGCUUAAAGUUGAUACAAAUACUGCUAUUACUGGUUUGCGAAAGUAGCGUGGCACAUUGUGUGAUAAAUAAUGUCAUUAGCUAUUUGUUUGCGUGCAGUUACAAUGCAAUUUCUAAAAACUAAAUCAUUCUCAAGUACAGAGUUUUGAAUAAAUUAAUGUGAUUCAAUCACUAAAAUUUAUUCAAAAAACGUAUAGUGUUCCCAUUUGAAUUUCAAAAGUUGACCUCCAAAACCACUUUUAUAAUACUGUGAAAAAAAAAUAUAAAUUAUUUUAGAUGUUUAUAAAUAUAAAAGACUUGUGUAUUGUAUAUUUUAAUAUUUCUAUUUUGGUAUAUUUGAAAUAUUUAUGUUCUAAUAUUUGCAUAAAAUGAUUGAAAUAUAAGUGUUGAAUCACAUAGUAUAUAAUAUAUACUAUAUUUCAUGUUUUAUAAACAAUGUUCAAGACAUAAAGCAUUUUCUUAUUUUUAUAUGUCAUUAAGUCUAACAAAAAGUUAUGGAAAUAUAUAUCAUGUCAUUAGUUAACUUUUUUUGUUUGCAUAUUUUUUACUAGUUAUUUCUUUCUACUUCUAUUUUGUAAGCGUUUAUUUCAGGACUUUAAUGAAGUUCUUUAAAUACUUUUUUUUUAUUGAUUUUAAGCACUGUAGGUCUCGAACUCUGUUAAUAAUGCUCUAAUUUUAUAUUUUUAGGUGGCUUAUUUUAUGUUCUUAAUGAUAGAAAUGCUGAUGUAAAUACGAUUCCUGAGUCACUCGCACAAGGAUUUGUGAUCAAUGCUACAACAUUGGAAGUAAUUGGACGAUUCCAUCCUGGAGAUAAUGAGUUUGUAAGGCCUCAUGAUAUGGCUGUAAGCCCAGAUGGGUCAUCUGUUUAUGUAGUUGAACUAAUAAGGUCUCAUGUACGGAAAUUUGUUUUGGGUAAAUAAAACUUAGUGUUUUUGUUUGUUUUAAAAGUAUUUUAAUGAUAUAAUUUAUAAUGUAUACCUAUUAUAAAUAAUCUGUACUCUUUCUAUGUAUGUGUUUAAGAGGACAUGAUACCUGCAUUUACUUUCUCACUCUAAAUUAAUGGGCAACAUAUCAAAAUUAUGUUGCUUAGAACAUAAAUUGUAAAAUUUAGGUUAAAGUUCCAUAGAAUUUAGCAAGUAUUUAUUUUUUUUUUUUGAAAUGGGGUCCAGGCUAGUGUUCAUUUUGUCAAGUAUAGUUGAGUAUGUACCAACAUACAAAUUUCACUAGGAGAUAUUUGAAUAUUUACAGCAUACAUUGAAAUGGCAGAGUUUCAAUUUGCUUUUAAAUUCUAACCGAAACAAUGAAUGUAUUGGUUUUUAUAUGAUAUGUGCUUAAUAAUAUUUUGUAUCUGUUAACAACUUUUCUACUGGAAAUCUUGCUUCAAUAAAAAAAAAAAAUCUUUUAGUGUAUUUUGUUGAUACAUUAGGAAUUCAUUUUUUUAUUUUCCUUAUAGUUUUCUUUAUUAUUAAAACAACUGUGAAAAUGUACUGUUUCAUUAAUUUUCAAUUUUUGUUACAAUACAGUUAAAAACAAUCAGAUGAGUAACUUGGACGGCGCUGCUAUUUUAGUAUACAAUUCAUAAAUUCAUAAAUUAAUAUGUGUUUUGUAGUAAUCUGUUUUUAAAAAUUGCUUUAUUGAGCUUUUCUCUGUACAAGUAUCACGUUCUUUAUACAUAAUUUUUGUGUUAAGGUACUCAAAUAGUAAAAACAAAAUAAUAAAUCCAUUUUUGUAAAUUCAAACCAUCAAUACAAUAUUAUUGUAAUAUGAUAGCUUAUCAGAAAUAAUUGAGUUUUAAAAUAUAUAUACCUAGUUUUUACAUUUAUUUUUUUUAAUAAAUCAAUAGAGUACAAUCAAAAAAAUAUAGGAAUAAAGUAUUUGUCUAAUUAUAAAUUAGAAUUCAACACAUUUUAAAACAACUUAAAGAGGAAAGUAUUUUUAGUUUUUAUGGACCUUACUUUUUCUAAAAAUUGUUAUACAAUAAAGUUAUAUUGACAUUUUAAAAUAGUUGUAAUUUUUUUGUACAGCAUGUUUUUAGAAAUAAUCAUACAGCGCUCUGGAAUAUUCUCUUUUUAGAUAAUAAUUUUGAUCUAAAUGCUACAUUUUAUGUUCUAUGUAACCUAAUUUUGUUGCUAUAUACACUGUUAGUGGGACUGAGAUAGUGAAUACAGGUAUUGUGACCCCUUAAGUUUGUGUAGUUAUUAGUACAUAGAUACAUAAAUAUACAUGUUAUGUUUUCAAAACAUAAUAUGUAUAACAAUAAACAAUUACAAUUUUUAAAAAUGUUUCAAAUAAUAAAUUACUAUUACAUGAUAACUAUAAUAAUAAAUCAGUAAUAAUAACGAAUAUAACUUUUUUUUAGUUGGUAAAAGCAAAAUAUAUAUUUCUUUUGGGUAUCACAGCAAUUUAUUGUGAUUUUAGAAUAACAUUAUUUGUUAAGAUCAUUCUCGCACUACUGUAUAUAAAAUAAACAUAAAUGAAACUAAAAAAAAGAUAUAUAUAUAUAUUUAUUUAUCUGUUGUGUGAAACUAAAUUUCUAGUGGUGUUUAUUAUUUACAUUUGAUACAUUGGAGUAAGAUUUCUGUUACAAUAAAUUUGCUCAUAGUGUAAAAAAAUUUAUAUACAUAGAUAUCUAUAUAUUUCUCACUACCGUCCAAAUCUAAAAUAUUUGUUAAAAUUAUUUGUGUAUACAUAUAAAACACAUAUUAAAUUUUAAUCGGUUCAUUGCAAUAUUUUUUGAUUGUGACAUUAUUUUAUCAAUAAAUUAUUUUUUAUAUGUAUACAAUGUGAUACAUUUAAGUUUUUCAAGAUUUUUCUCUUUUGAAAAUAGUUUAUACUUCAGAGAUAAUGAGUGUACUCACUUAAACGAAUCAUCUUGUUUAUAUUGUGUAUAUUAUAAUUCAUAAUACCUAGAACCUGUUCAAAGAUUCUAUUCAAAAAAAUUAUACGAUUUUGUUAUAAUGAUAACUAAUUUAUAUUUUAUGAACACGUGUAUCCGUGUAGUUAUAAUUACACAAACAUUACAAUCAUCUGUAGUAUAUAUUUUUCUGUUUACUAUACACAAAAUAGAAUUCUCUGAUUGCACUAUUACUGUAAUGUUAUUUACUUACGUUUCAGACUCAGAUAUUCAAAAUCGAUUUAUAAACAAAAGUUAUGUUCCGUUACAUUUUUCAGAACAUGAAUUAAUGUUAUAUGAUUAUAACAUAUUGAAAAGUAGGUUUAAAUUACAAAUGAAAUGUAACCAUUUCAGAUAAUCCAUAUAAAUCAGAGGUCAGCAAUCCCCUAACAUUUUUUUUUUUUUGUUAAUUUCAUAUUCAACAAAAUUAUGAAAAUAAAUAUAAUAGUAAUAAUAUAUUGAUGUCUCUUAUUGACAUCUCUAUUUAAAUCUUAUAAUUUAUAUUUUAUCAUAUUUCUAUAAAACAUUUUGCAAAUUGUACAAAAGUGAAUUGUAGGUUGCUGAUCAUUGAUCUAAAUGAUUAAAUAUAUUGUAGUGCGUGAUGUUAUUAUGUCAUUAGAUCCUAAUUAUUUUUUUGAAAAUAACUGCGGUUAGCAUUUUAUUAUAUGAGAUUUAUGUAUUUAUAAAUAUUAUUAUCUGUGUUCAGUUAUUUAUUUUUAAAAUAGCUGAAUAAAGUAACCCUUUUAAGCAUUUCUAUUUUUCUAAUAAUUAUGUUUGAAAACAUUGCAAAACUAAUAUUUCACAUACAAAAUCUCAUUCUGCUUAGAAUCAAAAUAAAUUAUCAUCAUACACAGUUACGUGGCGAAUAGAGAGUGCUUUAUACCCUUUAAAAUUUUUGCUAGCCCCGCUCUAAAAAAAAAUUUAUAAAUUAUUUAACUUUUUUAUUGUAAAAUAUUGAAAAACAUGUAAUAAAUCAAUUGAAAACUGAAAGUAUUAAUACAUUUACUACUGAAAACAGGAAAAUGGUUUUAUUAUAGAUAGUUACUUAUUAAUUUGUAUUUAUAUUAUUAUAAUUUUAUUUAAGGAAUUUGUAACAAAGUUUUUUUUUUAAGAAAAACUAGGUACAUAAUAUUUUAAUUGAAUACUAUUAGUUAUACAAUGUGCAAAACAAUAAAAUAACAACUCAAAAUUAAUGUUGACACAUCAAUUUUGAGCAGUAUGAUGACAGUAAAGUAAUAAAUAAUCUUGAAAUAAUUCUAUGAAUACAGUUUCCAAUAAAUUAUAAUUUUAUUUUAGUAUUUUUAAAAAAUUAAAUUACAAUUUACUAAUUGUUUCGUUUUAUAUAACUGUAGCAAUUAUAUAUGAUGAGAAAUUAAAAUAUUUUCUGUAAAAAUGUUACCAGAUAAUUCAGGAAGUUUUAUUUUAAUUAUGUUUUACAUUUUAAACAACUGCUGUAUGUAACAAGACCUGCUGGUUAUCAUGAUGGUAGAUUAUAAAAACAGUCUGUUUUUAUUUCAUUUUUUUUUUUUUUAUGAAGAUCCUUUAAAUAAUUUUAAUUAUGUUUUUAUUUUACAAACUUUGGUGUGAAUGAUAUGGAUAUUUCAUUUAAACUUUUAAAUUUUUAUUAUAAAAUCAUUUUCUUGCUCUAGAAUAUGAAUUUAUUAUAUUUAUCAUUUAUAUUAUUGUUGCAUUUUAAUUAUACCAAAUAAACUUAAUUACGCUUAAAAGCAGCAACUUAGAAAAAAAUGCACUUAUAUUUUUACAAUUUACUAAAGAUUAAUCUCACUAAGUUAAAACUCGAGAGGGUUUACACUUUUAAUUUUAAUUUUUUAUUUAUUUCUUUUUAUAAUACUGAUUUUUAAUUAUAUUGUUUUUAUAAUUUUCAGAUUGUUCCAGACUUAGAGAAAAUUCUGGCAAAAAGAUUUUAGUAUUUAUGUUAGUGAUUGCUGUGGGUUUAUUUUUCACUGCUGCCAUAUUUGUAACCGUUUUGAUAUACACAAGAACUAAAUCAAUGGGUAAUUACUAAAAUAACUUUAAAUAACAUUAGAUGCCCAUUUUUUUUAUUAGAUCAUUCUAAUUUAUAAUAUUACAUGUAUUGCAAUUAUCAAACACUAUAGAUUAAAACAUUUAUGUAGGUGUUGAAAUUUUUGUCCAGAGUUAAAUUGACAAGAAAGUGAUUCUUAUACAAAGAAUAUAAAAUAAUAAAGUACAAACAAAAUUAUUAAAAUGGUUAAUACUCUUAAAUAAAUAUAUAAAUAAAAAAUGUAUAUACUAUAAAAAUAAAAUAAAUAAAUGAAUCACUAUAAUAUAAUUAUUAUAUUACACUUAUCAUAAUACUCCAGGUGACAUAUUGGUUCAUUUAUUUUUAUUUUUAUUUAUACAUUUUUUAUUUCUAUAUUUAUUUACUUUAAAGAAUAUAAGACGUAUAUUAGUUUUUUUUUUAAAAAAAAUAAUUUAUUAAAAAUAUAAAUACAAGUAAACAAAUUGAUUUAUCUACCUUAUUUAAAAGAAGCUUGAGCUGAAGGCAGAGAUAAAGAGUUAUUUGCUAUAAAUCACAACUAAAUAUAUUUACAAUGAUAGCUACAAAAAUAAUAUAAAAUAUAUCAUUUUUUAUGUUUACAAUUUAGGUAUACAAAUUUGGGUAAUGAUUUAUUUAUAUUAAUAUUAUUCUUGACUCCAAGAUAUUUCUUAAAAUUAUUAUUUAGAUAAUAGAAGUAAGUAGGUUCUAAAUAAUCUACAAAUUUCUGACCUAUACUUUUUUUAAUAUAAUUUACAUUUAAAUUGUAUCUUUAAGAUUUAUGUUUACGUAUAUUUGAAUACAAUUGAGAGGAAUUUUUUAAAAUGAAGGAUAUAGAAAGUUUUUUAUAUAGAAAAUUUAAAGGAAGUGCACAUAGUUAUUUAAAAUUAUCAAUAGUAGAUCCGACCCGAUCUUUUUUAUUAAGGUAGAUACGAACAGCACUAUUUUAUAAUAAAAUAAGAGAAAGUGAUUCUUAUACAAAGAAUAUAAGACAUUAUUAGUUUUUAAAACCAUACAAUAAGCAAAUAAUUACAGCGUGUCCAAUGCCCUUGUUAAGAAGUACCACUAAAUGUUUCAGCUAAAGAAUACCUGGUAUUCAGACUGAAUGGAUCAAAAUAAGGAAUAAGUUAUUUGAUAAGUUAACUGUUUUCUGCAUAAGUAUAAUACAUGUUUAUGGUUAAAACUUAAUACCCCAUAUGUACUAACGAAAUUUAUUAGCCAUUGUGUUGUAAUUGUUUUUUUUUUUAUGUGUAAAUCAUGUUUCAGUUCACCGCGAAGACAUGAAUUUUGGUCGUUGGCAACCUCGGACACUGGUAACAGCUGAUGGAUUUAAUCUGGGUAAUAUAUUCAAUAAGAAACAACGGGCUGGUUUUGAAAAACUCGCGACCGUCGAAGUUAGCGAAGAUGAUGAUGAUGGUGAUGACGACAUCAAUGAUCUGAAUGUGAGAGCUUAAUUAUCAAAAUAAUAAUAUAAAUUUCAUUGUCUGCAGAACAAUAAUAACUAUGUCGCAUUAGUCUGUUCAAUUUAUUAUUUUCGCUAUUAUCUAUUAUUAUAAUCUGUCGUCAAUCCAGGGAUUGAUUAUAGAAGUUUUUGGACCUAGCAGCUUUGUCUGCAAAACAUUACUCUGUAAAUUGGUACCUAACCUAAUAGAUGCAAAUAGAGGGUCUUUGGAGCUGAGCCCCUUCGGGUCCCCCAAAGUCAAUCAUAGUCCUCACCAAAAUGUUACAUAGUAUUCACUAUUCACAAGGACUAUCCCCCCCUAAGUUAAAAAUAAAACUAUUUGCACCAAUGGGUAACCUUUUUUUUUUUUUGGUCAUUGAUCAUUAUUAUACUGCAUGUUAACUUAAUGUUAUAAACGAUUAUCAAAAUAUAAUUAAUUUAAAGUGUCAUAUUUUGUAUAUUACGCUAGUACUCACC